UAAAACGGUCGCUCAAACUCAAGACGUCAAGAAUAGAAUAGUAGUGCUCAAAACUUUUCCGCACAGUUCACACAGUCCACCUCGCUCGAAGAAACGCAUGUUCGUGAAAAUGUCCAACAUGAAUGAUCUCAUAUCAAUCGAAGAGUGCGUUGAAGUGAUACGCAACGCACGAACUGCAACUAACGCCACCUUUAAGGUUCUAAAUUAUCAGGUGAAUAAAAUAGGCGGUCAACUGGGCUACCUGGGAGAGUACGCUUAUCUUGUCGUAACGAUUGAAGAAGAACAUGGACAAACUGAAGACUUGAAAUAUUUCAUGAAGUGUCUGCCAUUCACGGAUCCUAAACAACGGCAGAUAGUUGAAGAAGUUGGGAUGUUCAAGAAAGAAGCCCUCACAUAUCGGGAACUGUUUUCGAAAUUCAAUCAGGAUGCAACGAAAGUAAUGAAAUGGCGACCGUCCUGUUGGCUGAUCCGAGAUGAUUUAUUGGUCAUGGAAGACCUUACCACAAAGGGUUAUCUAGCAAUGGCAUAUAGGAAAGAUUUCAACAAAUUACACAUGCUUAAAAUUUUCGAAUCUAUGGCCCAGAUGCAUGCCUGCUCGCUCGAUUUAGAGUUCAAUCAGAUGAAUAGGGAAAAACUAGGUUCAAAAUUUGAACCAAUGUUAUAUGAGACAACGUUCAUGAAGGAUAGCCAGUGGUUCACAGUUGGAUUGAUGGGUAUUAUGAAAGUGGCACUGGAAGGAUCCAAGUAUGCGUUGAAUGCAACCUAUAAAGAACGAAUAUCGUCAGAAAUGAUUGCCAAAAUGGAUGAAAUCUACCAGUUAAUGGAACCAUCAGAUCGCUUUCAAUCGGUUGUAGUUCAUAGGGAUUUAUGGUUCAACAACAUGAUGUUCCAAUUCGAACAGCACCCGAGUAAGGGAACAAUCGAUUACGACAAACCAACAAGCUGUACCCUGAUAGACUUUCAAAUUGCACGAUAUUUGCCGCCAGCAGUGGACUUCUGGUGCGCAAUCUACUUGCUGACGCGACGAGCACACCGUGAUCAGUACUACGAAACCUACAAGGAGUAUUACUACCAAACAUUAGGCGCUAAGUUGAGAAAAUUAGAUCUUGAUAUACAGCAUAUUCUUCCGUGGGAACAGUUUGUGGAGAGUCUGGCCCACUAUCGUUUGGUGGGACUACUCUGGUCAGGAAUUCUACUGGGAUUUGUCAAUUUACCGGAGGAAUUUCUGUGCAAUCUACACACGAACGACACAAAAGCCUACUACGAGUUUUGUCUCGUCAACCGCGAUGAGAUCAUAAUGGACUUUUUUCGAAAGGAUCGCUACUACCGGGAACGAUUACUGGAUACGGUGGAGGAAGCGUUGGAGUAUAUGUUCAAGUUCCAAUAAAAUAACAUCUGUUUAGUAGCAUAUUCUUUGCUUGUUAAAAUUAGUACAUUGAAUCUAUUUGACAUAUAAAGUUGACAAUUUGAAGAAAAUGAGAAAAAACACAAUUUUGUGU